CAAGCUUUGAUCGAAAGAAGCCAUUUAUUAGAAAAAUCUUCGAAACUUUGUAGAGCUCCCAAAGGAUUCUCCAAUGGCUUCUUCCACUCCCACACCCCAAUGCCUAAACCAUCACAUUCCCACAAAACCCAAAUCCUCUCUAUUUUACAAACACAAACAGCUCAACCAUUACAACAAUCUCAUUACAUUCCCAUCACUUGUCUCGACCAAACACCAUCCGAGGUUAGAAACUUGUUCAACGACAGCAGGGUACAACAAUGAAGUGGCGGAGUUGGUGGAUGAAGAAAUGGAUAAGAUUAGAAGGCUGCAGAAUGGCUCCGACGUGCGAGGGGUGGCGUUGGAGGGCGAGAAAGGCCGGCCGGUUGACCUUACGCCGCCUGCCGUUGAAGCCAUAGCUGAGAGCUUCGGCGAGUGGGUGAUUAGCCAAUCGGAUCAAGAUCGAGGACACGAUCCGAUCAAGGUGUCCUUGGGAAAGGAUCCUAGGAUUUCGGGAGCUGUCUUGAGCACGGCCGUGUUUGCAGGGCUUGUCCGGGCGGGCUGCAUCGUUUUCGACAUGGGACUCGCUACAACUCCCGCUUGCUUCAUGAGCACAUUGUUGCCUCCCUUUGAGUACGAUGCUUCCAUAAUGAUGACAGCCUCCCACCUGCCGUACACCCGCAACGGUCUGAAAUUUUUCACAAAGAAAGGAGGGCUGACGUCGACGCAGGUGGAGGAGAUCUGCGACCGAGCUGCCCGGAAAUACGCCAACCGCCUGACCAAAGUGUCGACGGCGCUCAACGUCCCGCCGACGAAGGUGGAUUUCAUGAGCUUUUACGCGAAGCAUCUGCGAGAUGUUAUCAAGGAAAGAGUCAAUCAUCCCUCCCAUUACGACACUCCUCUUGAGGGAUUUCAGAUUAUUGUGAACGCCGGGAAUGGGUCGGGAGGGUUCUUUACGUGGGAUGUGUUGGACAAGCUUGGAGCGGAUACGUUUGGUUCUCUGCACCUCAAUCCUGAUGGAAUGUUCCCGAAUCAUAUACCGAAUCCGGAGGACAAAACCGCCAUGGCGUUAACGCGAGCGGCGGUGCUUGAAAACGGCGCGGAUCUCGGGAUUGUUUUCGACACAGAUGUUGAUCGGAGUGGGGUUGUGGAUAAAGAAGGAAACCCGAUAAAUGGGGACAAGCUUAUCGCGCUUAUGUCUGCCAUUGUGUUGAAGGAGCACCCGAACACGACGAUUGUGACCGACGCGCGGACAAGUUUGGGGCUGACUAAGUUCAUCGCCGAUCGAGGGGGGUACCAUUGCUUGUACAGAGUCGGGUACAGGAAUGUGAUCGACAAAGGUGUGCAGCUCAAUAAUGAUGGAAUCGAGACGCAUCUGAUGAUGGAAACCUCUGGACAUGGUGCUCUUAAGGAGAAUUACUUUCUUGAUGAUGGGGCUUACAUGGUGGUGAAGAUCAUAAUUGAGCUGGUGAGAAUGAAGCUUGAGGGAUACGAUGAAGGCAUCGGGAGUCUUAUAAAAGAUCUUGAAGAGCCGUUAGAAUCAGUGGAGUUGAGAAUUAACGUUCUCUCUGAGCCAAGAUAUGCAAAAGCAAAGGCCAUUGAGGCCAUUGAAGAAUUCAGAAGUUACAUUGAGCAAGGAAAAUUAGCAGGAUGGGAAUUGGACUACUGUGGGGAUUGCUGGGUAAGUGAAGGCUGCCUUGUCGACUCCAAUGAUCAUCCUGCUCCCGUCGACGCCCAUAUGUACAGGGCUAGAGUUUCUGAGGGAGAACAUGGAGAGCAUGGGUGGAUACAUCUUCGACAGAGUAUUCACAACCCAAAUAUUGCUGUUAAUCUGCAGUCCACAAUCCCUGGAGGUUGUUUAUCCAUGACAAGAGCUUUCAGAGACAAGUUUCUUCUACCCAGUGGGUUGGAUAAAUUCCUCGAUAUUUCCCAAAUAGAAAAAUUCGCUGCAAAUGGGAAGCUAUGAUCUAAGAAAUACGCAUAAUUUGGCCAAAGGAUAUGUGAAUUUCUACUUACAGGUAGAAUUUUACUUGAAUUCAGAUUUGUACAGAUAUAUAUAUAUUUAUUACAUGUAUAUCCAUCAAUAAGCAUUUGCUUUAAUCA